AUGCCCAGCUUCACAGUCUUCAAGGGCAGCAAAGAUGGCAAAAUCGUCAAAGCCCAAACCACACGCCCCGACCUCCAAAACGAUGACGUCCUCGUCAAAGUAACCGCCUCCGGCCUCUGCGGCACAGAUGAACACUACAAGCACGCCGACAUGGCCCUCGGCCACGAAGGCGCCGGCAUCGUCGAGCAAACCGGCCCCAACGUAAAGAACCUCCAAAAAGGCGACCGCGUCGGCUGGGGCUACGAGCACGACUCAUGCGGCCACUGCGACCGCUGCCUCACAGGCCGCGAAACGUACUGCGAAGAGCGCAAAAUGUACGGCAUGGCCAACCUCGACCAAGGUAGCUUUGCCUCGCACGCCGUCUGGCGCGAAGCUUUCCUUUUCAAACUUCCAGACAGCAUUUCCGACACAGAUGCCGCCCCGCUCAUGUGCGGCGGCGCCACCGUCUUCAACGCCCUACACACCUACGGCAUCAAACCGACAGACCGCGUGGGCGUCAUGGGCGUCGGCGGCCUCGGCCAUCUCGCCAUCCAAUUCGCCGCCAAAAUGGGCUGUUCCGUCGUCGUCCUCUCCGGCUCUUCCGACAAAGAGCAAGAAGCUCGUAAUCUCGGGGCCACCGAGUUCCUCGCCAUGAAGGGAAAAUCAAAACUCGAGCUGUCUCGGAAAAUUGACGCUUUGCUUGUCACUACGAGUGUGAAUCCCGAUUGGAAUCUCGUGUUGCCACUUAUGGCUAUGAAUUCCAUUAUUUUCCCCAUGACGGUGUCGGGGGGUAAUUUCGAGAUUCCGCAUAUGCAAAUGUUGCAGCGUGGGAUCACGGUGCAGGGCAGUGUUGUGGCGGCGCGGGCGGUGCAUCGCAGGAUGCUUGAGUUUGCGGCUUUGCAUAAGAUACGCCCGAUUACGAUGGAGUUUCCGUUGAGCGAGGAGGGGAUUGAGGAGGCCAUGGGGACGCUGAGGGAGGGGAAAAUGCGGUAUCGUGGGGUGUUGAAGCCGCAGGAGUAG